UAUCCAAGUGGCUUUCCUCCCCACAUGCUCUUCUCUCAGAGGGAGCCAGGAGCCCACUGCUGGAAGAGGAAUUACAGGGCUGCUGCAGCUGGCUGAGUAAGCACAAGACUCUGCUUGCUCCUCACACAUCUCGGCCCCCCACUCUUAGGUCCACCAUGUGCUAUUCGAAGGUCAAGACCUCAGAAUUGGAAGAUUUCAGGCAACUUGUUCACCAGAAAGCUGACCAGUUCAUAGACAGCAUUAAAUUGAGAAUAAAUGAGGAUGAUGAUUCAACAGACUUGGAAAAUAUUCAAAAUUUAACCUCUCAGUACGAGGACCUGGGGAUCCCUGUCACUGAGCAGCUGAAGUUGAAGGAGAAAAUGAAGAAUGAUGAUGAGAAUGACAACACUACCACCACCAUCAACAUCAAUAAUAACACCAAUACCACCAUCAACAUCAACACCAAUACCAACACCAACACUAACAUCAACACCACCACCAAUGCUACCAUCAAUGUCAACAUCAACACCAACAUCAACACCAACAACAUCAACAACACUACCACCACCAUCAACAUCAACAACACCAAUACCACCAUCAAUAUCAACAGCAACACCAACAUCAACAACAACAUCAACAACACCAAGACCAACAUCAAAAUCAACACCAACACCAACAUCAACAUCAACAUCAACAACACCAAUACCACCAUCAACAUCAACACCAACACCAACAUCAACACUAACAUCAACAUCAACAACAACACCAAUGCUACCAUCAAUGUCAACAUCAACACCAACACCAACAUCAACAACACUAAGACCAACGUCAAAAUCGACACCAAGACCAAUGUCAAAAUCAACACCAAAGCCAAGACCACCAUCAACAUCAACAUCAACAACAACAAUAAUGAAGAUGGCAACAAAGACAACAGCUCUUAUAUGUCGAAAAAAAGACAGAGGUAA